GUCAGUCUGACGCAGAGCUUCUCUCAGUGCUGAAUCCUGCAUUAUUUACUCCGCUUUUCAACAGAAUUUUCUCCAAAAACGGUUGUAGACAUGUCUGCUGCCAGCUUUGUACUGACUGAAGAUCAGUUCCUGUGCUCCAUCUGUCUGGAUGUCUUCACUGAUCCAGUCACCAUACCAUGUGGACACAACUUCUGUAAGAACUGCAUCACCAGACACUGGAAAACUAAAGCCCUGUAUCAGUGUCCCAACUGUAAAGAGGUUUUCUCCACCAGACCACAGCUGAAGGUGAAUAUUUUCAUCAAGGAGAUGGCUGCUCAGUUCAGACAGUCAGCUCAGCAGGAAUCCAGCAGCUCAGAGAGACAAGUUUCCAAACCAGGAGGCUCAGAACUGAGGAAAGGAAAGAAGGAAAUAGUGGCUGAAAUUCAGCGGAUGAUCCAGAAGAGACGACUGAGGAUUGAAGAGCUCAAACGUUCAGUGGAGCUCAGUGAUCAGAACGCAGACAGAGAGAGAGAAGAAGGUGUUCAGGUCUUCAGCGCUCUGAUAGAGACUGUGCAGAGAAACCUCAACAGACUCAUCGAUUUGGUCAAAGAGAAGCAGGAAAAGACAAAGAACCAGGCUGAAGUCUUCAUCAGAGAGCUGGAACAGGAAAUCUCUGAGCUGGAGAAGAGGAGCACUGAGGUGGAGCAGCUCUCUGAAGACCACCUCCUCCAGAACUUCACGUCGCUGAACGCUGCUCCACGCACCAAAGACUGGGCUUCAGUUCAAGUACACCCACCUUCAUAUGAGGGGGCUAUGGAGAGAGCUCUGAACCAGCUGGAGGAAACGUUCAGUGUGCAGAUGAAGAAACUGGUCUGUAAGUUGGAGCUGAAGAGGGUCCAGCAGUACGGGGUGGAUGUGACACUCGAUCCUGAUACAGCGUGUCCAAAACUCAUGCUGUCUGAUGAUGGAAAACGAGUCAAAUACGGUGAUGUAAAGAAGAAUCUCCCACAAACUCCACAGAGAUUUGAUCAUUGUCCCUGUGUCCUAGCAAAGCAGGGUUUCUCUGCAGGCAGAUUUUACUACGAGGUUCAGGUUAAAGGAAAGACUGACUGGGAUUUGGGAGUGGCCAGGGCGUCGAUUAACAGAAAGGGGGGGAUCAUAAUGAAUCCUCAGAACGGAUUCUGGACGAUAUGUUUGAGGAAUGAAAAUGAGUACAAAGCUUGUGCUGGCCCAUCGGUCAGUCUCUCUCUGAAGUCUCGUCCUGAGAAGGUGGGGGUGUUUGUGGAUUAUGAGGAGGGUCUGGUCUCGUUUUACAAUGUUGAUGAUCCAGCUCUGAUCUACUCCUUUACAGUCUGCUCAUUCACCGAGGACCUCUACCCGUACUUUAAUCCCAGUCCUACAUUUGGUGGUAGAAACUCUGCCCCUAUGGUCAUCUCUACUGUCACUGAGUGGAGCAACCUGUAAGUUUGAACAUCUGUGUGAAAAAAAGAAAAAAACUUCCUCCCCCGCCCACCUGGGCAAUAAUGUGUCUCCUUCAAGCUCAGGUCCUCUACCUGGGAGCCUGAGGGUUCUGUGCAGGAUCUUAGCUGUUUCUAGGACUGCACACUUCUGGAUGGAGAUCUCAGAUGCUGUUCCCAGUAUCUGCUGGAGCCAUCCAUCCAGCUUGGUACCACUGUUGCCUUCACACCCCACAUCUUCUCUAGCUCUUCCUUCAGCCCUUGGUAUUUCUCCAGCUCCUUGUGUUCCUUCUCCCUGAUGUUGCCAACUCUCAGUAUUGCUACAUCUAUCACGACCACUGUCUUCUGAUGUUUAUCAACCAGCAUUAUUUCAG